GAGCGUCAGUCAAUAUCCAUGUUCAGUCCCAAUAGCACAAGCAUGGCCAGGGGGUUCGGAUUAAAGUCCUGCCUGGCAUUGGCGGUGCUCUGCGCUGUGAUAUCAGCUUCUUCUGCCCGUGAUGUGAGGGAGAAGAGGGAUCUCGUGGCCGCCGCAUCGCACCAUGGCCAUCACCACGAGUCCGGCGGAGGCCACAAACAUCACUCCGAUCACCACGAGGAGCACGGCGAGAAGGGUGACAAGGGUUACAAGAAGCACCACCACCACCACGAAGGCGACCAUGGUCAUCAUGGCAAAGAGCAUCACGCUGGACACCACGAGGAGCACGGCGGCCAUAAGAAGGGGCACCACCACGAAGAUGGCCACCACGGCCAUCACCAUGAGCACGGACACGGCCACAAAGGGCACAAAUUCGGAGAGAAGAAGGGACACAAAAAGGGCGAGAAGAGCCAUGGUUACCACAAGAAGGCCCACAAGGACGAGUACCACAAGGAACACAAGUUCUACGAUGACCACCACAAGGGUGGACAUCAUGAAAAGCACGGACACCACCACGGGCACCAUGGAUCCAAGGAAGGACACCACAAGAAGGGAGGCCACCACCACUCCGGCUACCACGACGAUCACCAUGGCAAGAAGGGACACCACGACAAGGGGCACUACGACCAUGACCACAAAGGCUGGCAUGGAAAACACGGACACGAUCACCACCACUCGCAUCACGAAGACUACGGAAAGAAGGGCGGACACCACGAAGGCAAGAAGCACGGUUACUCCCACGGACAUCAUUGAGCCGAUAGCUGUAACCUCCUUCCACAAUAGGAAUAGUUGUUAUUAUCUGUUGAUCUUUAUUAUUCUGUUAACUAAUGCUAUGCAAAUAUUUGUUGAAAAAAUUAUUAUUGUUGAUUUACUGUAUGACGUAAACCAUACGAAGAGAUUACGAAAAAAAUUAAAACAUUAAAACAUA